UCUCAUUUCAUUGCAACAAUCUCAUUACAUCUUUUACUUCUGUUCUUGUUUCAGUUUUCGAAGAAAAUCAUGGGAGUCCAAACAACCCAACUCGAGCUCCGUUCUCCAGUCCCGCCAGAGAAGAUGUUCAGGGGCUUAGUCCUCGAGAUCGAUAACAUCGUCCACAAGGCUGCGCCUGGAGCUUACAAGAAUGUUGAUGUCAAGGGUGAUGGUGGACCUGGAACCAUCAAACACAUUACUCUCGGCGAUGAUAGCCCCUACAAGACGAUGACGCUCAGAACCGAGGCAAUUGACAAGCAGGCUAUGACUGUUGAUGUCAGUGUCAUCGAGGGAGACCUCCUCUUGGGGAUCAUUGAAAAGGUCGAAAAUCAUCUCAAAGUUGCGCCAGCUCCUGGUGGAGGCUCCAUCUGCACCACCACAUCGAAGUACCACACCAAAGGCGACGCCGUCGUGCCUCAGGAGAAUCUGAAGUUUGCUGAUGAGCAGAACACCAAGCUUUUCAGGGCCAUUGAGGCCUACCUCUUGGCCAAUUAAUCUCAACUAAGUUAUCAUCAAGUCGGGUGUUUUGUGUGACAUGUUCAGGCUUUAUCUAGCCUGCCAGUGGUAUAAAUAAAGAGUGUUUGGGUACUGUAAUAUGUACCAACUAUGUGUAUGUGUUCUGCAGCAUAUAUAUCAAUAAAUGUUUACAGUGA